GGCGGUGGCAGACGCUGCAUUGCCUUUGGCUGCACCAACGAAGCUCAGACGAGGGGCCUGUGCAAGCGUCAUGGCGGCAGAGCGCGAUGCAGAGUGCCCAAGUGCAACAAAAGCAGUCAAAGCGGACGACUGUGCCGAACUCAACGCAGUGGCGAGCUGUGCAUCGCCCCUGGCUGCAAGAAAAGCGCCCAACGUCAUGGGAAGUGUGCCACGCACUCU